AUGACGAACGAGGCGAUUCGAAGGCUUCAGAGCUCGGCGCCAGGUAUUAAAUAUUCUUUUUGGUUUUGAUUGAAAACCAAAGAAAGUGGUGAACGUUUCGAAAAAAAAAUUGGAUUCGAUGUGUCUCGAUGUCGUGAAAUCAAGUGAUUUUAAUGUAUUUGAAGUUAUUUUUACACAAAAAAGCACCAAAUGUUGCAGAAUAAUUCUAUAUUUCAUAUAAGUGUUAAUAUAUUAGUUGGCUCUCAUUAUUUCGGUUUUUGAAUAAUAAAUGAAAAGGUGAGCAAUAAUUGAGAUUAUAAUUUUCAAAAUUUGACUAAUUUGAAAGUAACCAGAAAAUUCGGACUUGAGAGAAUGUUUGGAAGUUGCGAAGGCAAGAUUUUUAUCAGCGUAUUUAGUCUUCAUUAGUAGCGAUGAAAUUAUUUUGGUCUCUAAAAUUCAUGUGUUAGAUAUUUUUGGAACACUAUGCAGUUUACAAUAAAAACAUUUGAAAAUAAUCUCAAUUUUCAAAGUUUCUUGUGCCGCUAAAACUAGUGAUUUUUCUCUGAUUGCUUAAUGCGAUUCAUUAAUCAAAAAACUAGUAGCUGGGAAAUUUGCAACGCGACCUGAUAAAGUUAACAUUUUAUGAAUUAAUAAUUUUGGAAAUGACAUGAUUUUCGUUCAAGACGUGGACUGGAGUUCGCCGCCAGAAUCGAGCGACGUCCUGGCGAUGCCUGUUUCCAAAGGAAACGUCGUCGUGAUGCCCCAUCCGAAUGCAAAUCGCGCCGGCCCUGAAGUAUAUUUCCGAUUCCUGAAAAUAUUAAAAUCUAUGGGUUUUCAGUUCCACAUGGGCACAGUCGGCGCCCUGACCAGCUUGAAAAAAUACGCGGCGACCGAGAAUGACGAGGACACCAUCACACAGGUGAAGGAAAUUCUCAUUUGCUGAAAAGUUCGAUCCGAAAUCAUCAUUGGCGAUUCAGAUCCGAGAAUCGUUUGCCGAGUCGUUCCACGUGCGCUCAAUCGACGUCGGCUUCGACUCUGUCGUAGCGUCGAUUGUCGGCUCCUGCAUCAGAUCCUGGGCGCUCGUCAGAGGCGUCGCCGACUACCAACACGGCCAGAGCCGCGCCGGAAAACUGUGGCAGGUCAGUUGAACUUUCUGUCAGGAAACUGUCAAUUCACACGCCUUUGUAAAGUUAGCUUUUUUGAGUCGAUACAGUGCCAACGUUUUUUUUUACUCAAGUACUUUCAGGCAGUAACUUUUUAUGUAUCGUUUUGGAAUUUCAUUGAAAAAGGCCUAAAGUUUUAAAAAAAAAUUAGCUUUCGUCAGCUCGAAAAUUUUCAAGCUUCAUGGCACCUUUUUAGUUCUAUUAUUAUCUGCAAAUAGAGAAAAUUUGAAAAGUACUAUAAUAGUCGCUUUCAUGCCUUUUUAGGGAUAUGUUAGAGUUCCCGAUUGCAGGAAGAUUUCAUUGCCUACAUCUUUUUUUAAAUUAUUUUUUUGAGGAGUAUCACUCUUUCGAUUAGCUAUGGGUACAGCAUUUUGUAGACGUUUCAGAAACAUCAUAGUUUUUUUCAAACUUUUUUUCAAAAAAAUCUUCAAAUAACUUUGAUCAGAAAUUUCAAAAAAAUAGAUUGAAGAAAUUUCAAUAAGAAAUAUUUGAACUCCGUGUCUUGCUUACUAUUCAUCACCAUUUUUGCUUUUUCUCUUUAUGAAAAAGCAUUUUUCAGGCCUACGCAGCGGCUCGAGCCGCCGCCAUGACUCGCUCCAUCAUUGAACGACUUCCUCCUCCUUCUUAA